AUGGAGACCAUCGCACCACCACCAAAGCUGAGCCAUCUCUUUACUCUUCGCUGUGCGGUUGGUCCGCCUAUGGAGGUCGGCCACGGUCCUUACGGUCGUCGGCGAUGCGUGCCGAUCAAAUCGGGCUCCGUACGCGGGCCCAAUCUCAACGGGGAAGUUGUGCCCGGGGGUGCAGAUUUCAUGCUGGUAGAGGAGGACCAGACGACCCACGUGAAUACCAAUUAUGUGAUCAAGAGUGAUGAUGGGGCAUUCCUCUACAUUCGCACCGAAGGGACCCGAGCAGGCCCUCCCGAGGUCCUCCGAGCCCUAAUGGAAGGCGGCCCAGUUGACCCCAGCCAAUAUUGGUUUCAUCUUCACGUCAAGGUUGAAACGGGCCACGAGAAGUACAAGUGGAUGAACCAUCGGGUCAUCAUUGGGCGCGCUACCAGAGCCCAAGGAGAGGUUGCAUAUGAUGCAUAUUUCCUGGAAAAUAGUCCCUAA